AUUAGUGUUCGAUCAUAGAUGUCUUCGAAGCAUUGCUAGAAUAUCCAGGGUCCAUUGAUUAAGUAAUGCUGGUGUUAGAAAAGGGGCAUUAUUUAAGGAUGGUAGAUCAGUUGAUGAAGUAGUGAAUGUUCAUCAGUUGAAGUGAUGGGGACAUGCUUGACGCAUGCCUACCCACCGACUGCCUCGACGAGCUAUAUUUUGUGGUGUAGGAGUUGGUUGAAAGAAAGUCAGGGGCUGCCAAGCCAAAAUAGGCACUAGUUCAUGAAAUCAUUCACAAGUGGACUGAUUCAUGUUUGUAAGUGUAGACUACCAGGUCAGGAUCCGCGAGAUGAUAGUAACCGAUGGUUAGAUACCUUGAAUGACGUAAAUGAAAAUGGUUCUCAAUGGCGCAGGCGCAUCCAUUGUGUUCUCUCAAAUUCCAAUUUUCUGAAUUCCUCAUGACCAUUUUCCUAUUUUUAGAUUGAUUCCACUGUGAUAUACUUCUCGAAGCAUAUCUUCGGUUCCUAAUCUCUUCGAUUACUACUGAUGCUUCUACUACCUCCAUUAUUAUGGGAUUUGAACUGACAAUUGCUUCUCUGUGCUAAUGUAGAAUGGCAGCCCGAACUUAUUUUUCACUUGAUAUCACGACGUGCUAGUGGACCAUUAUGACAAUAGAAGAUCCAGACCUUGAGGCUGGAAAGAAUAUCGAUGUUGACGAACUACUAGCGUCAUUUAAAAUUGACUUACCUGAUGAACAAACCGAUCCUGAAAAAUCUCUGCGCAAGGAAUUAUUAUCACUUAAGCAAAUGAGGAGAACUUUAACUGAUAUUGACCAUGAGGUUAAAAAGUGUGAACGGAAAGAAGAGAAGUCAAAAGCUAUGAAACCAAGGGAAAAAGCUAAAGAAGAAGCGAUGAAACUUCUUAAAUCUGGUGCAAUAUCAAUCGAAAACAAAAACGAGCGUUACACUUUUAAACGUAAACCUAAGGAAAAUGAAGAAGAGGAAGUAUCUGGACCUAAUUUGAACUCUAAGGUUAAACAGUCACUCUACCGCAAUUUUCUACCUGGUCCAACACUUAACCCAUUGCGAUCAGAAGAAAAAAAACUAGAUGGCCCAUCUAAUUCUAAAGUAGCUACUUCAGAAGCAAGCUGUACGGAUGUUUCUGAAACUUUACAAACUAAAAGAAAACAGCAGUUCAACCUCCUAUUGGAUGAUAAAAAUAUGGAUACGGAUCAAAUAUCAGAUGUUCCAGAUUCAUGCAACGUUGAUCAGUUACAUACUCCAAACCGACCAACGCAUUCUACCUUAUAUGUUGGGUAUCAUAAUAUCACUGAACCUUUUAUUCUCGAUGUCUUCAAGUCUCAUGGUACUGUUGUAAGGAUUAAGAUUGGUGAUCCCCCCAACCAUGCAUACGUUACAAUGGCAACCAAUCAAAUGGCCCAAAGUGCAUUAAAACUAGAUCACCAAAUGGUAAGCAAUCGUCUUUUGCGUGUUUCUUAUGCUCGGAGACCUUUCCACGGGAAACCUUUUUCGCCGACAAAAUACAGUCAAAGUCGGUCAUUUCGGAAAACAACUUUCUGUAACCCUUUUUCUUCGAAUGAAGAGCCUUCAAACCGAACAUCAAAUGAACUCAAUCGAGAUCUAGUUACUUAUGAAGACCUAUAUUCUGAUAAAUAAAAUGUACAGUUAUAUUUAAUAAAAUUUUUAACGAAAA